CUCGCAUCAGAUAUUUAUAGCUUUGCGUGUUCCUUAUGGAAUCAUCAUACUGAUACGUUCCUGCAACAAGCUUUUACAGGGGAUGAAGCAGCAGUCACAAAUUCUCUAGAAAGAACCUUGUUGUCAUUGAAAGUGCUUCGUAAACUGACAGUCCAUGGAUUUGAGGAACCUCAUGGGCGUGUAGAGGUGAUGGGUUUUCUACAUGCAGUGUUUGAACGGCUGAAGCAGUUUCUGGAGUGUUGUAGAAGUAUAAGAGCGGAAAACGUGUGCAGAGAUCGUCUAGAAAAGACUAUAAUACUGUUCACUAAAGUGCUUUUGGACUUCCUGGACCAACAUCCCUUUUCCUUUAUCCCUUUGGUUCAGAGGUCUCUGGAGUUUGCUGUGAGCUAUGUUUUCACAGAGGCUGGCAAAGGAAUUGUUUUUGAGCGGUUUAUUGUACAGUGUAUGAAUCUCAUUAAGAUGAUUGUGAAAAAUUAUGCAUACAAGCCAUCCAAAAAUAUUGAAGAUAGCAGUCCUGAAACUCUUGAAGCACAUAACAUCAAGACAGCAUUUUUCACAUAUCCAACACUGACGGAGAUAUGUAGGAGACUAGUCUCUCACUAUUUCCUUCUGACAAAGGAAGAACUUACCAUGUGGGAAGAGGACCCAGAAAGCUUCACUGCAGAAGAGACAGGAGGUGAUUCUUGGAAAUACAGUCUCAGACCGUGCACGGAAGUUCUUUUUAUUGAUAUUUUCCAUGAAUAUAAUCAGACUCUUACCCCUGUGCUUUUAGAAAUGGUUCGCAGUCUACAAGGGUCUGCCAACAUGGAAGAUACCAGUGCUAUACUGAUUAAAGAUGCCGUGUAUAAUGCGGUUGGACUGGCUGCUUAUGAACUAUUUGAUAGUGUGGAUUUUGAUCACUGGUUUAAAAAUCAACUGUUAGCAGAACUACAGGUUUCUCAUGACAGAUACAAACCAAUACGCCGACGAGUAAUUUGGCUGAUUGGACAGUGGAUUUCUGUAAAAUUCAAUGCAGAUUUGAGACCUGUGUUAUAUGAGGCAAUUUGUAACUUGCUUCAGGACCAAGAUUUAGUGGUCCGUAUUGAGACAGCUACAACACUGAAGUUAACUGUGGAUGACUUUGAGUUCAGCACUGACCAGUUUCUACCGUAUCUGGAGUCCAUAUUCACACUGCUCUUUCAGCUGCUUCAGGAAGUAACACAAUGUGACACCAAAAUGCAUGUUCUUCACGUUCUGUCUUGUGUGAUUGAAAGAGUCAAUACACAGAUACAACCGCACGUAGGAUGUUUGGUUCAGUACUUACCACUCCUGUGGAAACAGUGUGAGGAGCACAAUAUGCUGCGAUGUGCCAUUCUGACGACCUUAAUCCAUCUCAUCCAGGGUCUGGGAACAGACAGCAAAAAUCUCUAUCCUUUUCUGCUUCCAGUUAUUCAGCUAAGUACAGAUGUUUCUCAGCCUCCACAUGUCUAUCUGCUGGAAGAUGGUUUAGAGUUGUGGCUAGUGACACUGGAGAAUAGUCCAUGUCUUACCCCUGAGCUGCUGAGAAUAUUUCAGAACAUGUCUCCCCUUCUUGAGCUGAGUUCAGAAAACGUCAAAAAUUGCUUUAAGAUCAUCAAUGCUUAUAUUUUCUUGGCAUCAUCUGAAUUUUUACAGUCAUAUGCUUCUGACUUAUGCCAUUCGUUUUGUGAACUUCUGAAGGACGUAAAUAGUGAAGGUCAAGUUCAAAUUUUAAAGGUUGUGGAAAAUGUCCUAAAAGUAAACCCUGUUUUGGGUCCUCAAGUGUUUCAACCCAUUCUACUAUCAAUAUUCAGGGGGAUUAUCAAUGGGGAGAGAUACCCAGUGGCAAUGUCUACUUAUCUGGGGAUCAUGGGUAGAGUUCUGUUACAAAAUGCAAGGUUCUUUUCAUUACUUUUGAACCAGAUGGCAUGUGAAUUCGGUCAGGAGGUGGACCAAAUUCUUGGCAACAUGAUUGAAAUGUGGGUUGAUCGGAUGGAUAACAUCACUCAGCCAGAAAGAAGAAAACUUUCUGCUUUGGCAUUGCUUUCACUUCUGCCAUCAUUGAAUAGUACUAUCCAGGAUAAAUUUUGUGGUAUCAUUAACAUUGCGGUGGAAGUGCUCCAUGAUGUUAUGACUGAAGAUAAUGAAACAGGAAGAUGCAAAGAUUGCAUGUUGGUGGGCUAUUUUGAAGAGCCUAAAGCUGCAGAAGAUGAGGAACCUCCCACAGAACAAGAUAAAAGAAUAAAAAUGCUUGCACUGAAGGACCCGGUUCACACUGUGUCAUUGCAGCAGUUCGUCUAUGAGAAGCUAAAGGCCCAGCAGGAGUUACUGGGAGAACAAGGUUUUCAGGCACUCAUGGAAACUGUGGAUACAGAAAUAGUUGCACAACUCCAAGAAUUUUUACAAGGCUUCUAA